CCCCACCUUCCCAGCUUUCAUUUCACUCUCUCCCAAACUUCCGUCCUUCCUUCGGCUCUCUCUCUCUCUCUCUCUCUCAAUGUUCAUUCAAUUUCAGUCCUGCAAGUGAAAUCCCAUGUUUCUUGUAAUAAUUCACUGAUUGAGAGAAGUUUCCGGUACGAAUAGUUUGACUUUUGAGUAAAGUUUCACACUUUAUAAAGUAAAAUCCAAGAGUGUGAGCCAUAAAGUUUCACACUCUUUAAGGAGAAGAGAAGACACUGAAAUAGCUACAGAGGGAAGGAGUGGCCUUUUGGAUGUGGGUUUUCAGGGACUCUCUCUGCCUUAUGCUUUAAACCCAACAUGAUUGCUAGCUCUCUCUGCAAUGCAACCUCCAGGUUCUCGGGAGAAGAAGGGAUUGAUGUAAGAAAGAUGACAGAACACAAAAGAAGCCCCUGCUCUGUUGACCAAAGCAGUGUUACUGCUCUUGCAUCUAAGCGACAUAAGACUGAUUUAUCCAUGUCAACAAAGGAGAGAAAAGAGAAGUUUGGUGAACGAAUUGUGGCUCUACAACAGCUUGUUUCUCCAUAUGGAAAGACAGAUACAGCUUCUGUCUUACUGGAGGCAAUGGAUUAUAUACGCUUCCUUCAUGAACAAGUCAAGGUGUUGAGCGCUCCAUACCUCCAAAGCACGCCAACAGCUAAGAUGCAGGAAUUACAUCCGUACAGCUUGAGAAGCAGAGGUCUUUGCCUUGUUCCGGUCGAUUGCACAGUUGGAGUUGCUCAAAGUAAUGGUGCAGAUAUCUGGGCUCCCAUUAAGACUACUUCCCCCAAAUUUGAGAAUGUGACCUCAAAUUUCCAUUGAUAGAUAAUGUCGAGCUCAACCAUUCAAAAAUCAAAAGGAUAUUGAAGAAGCUAAACUGAGGCUGUGUAAAGGGUAACCAAUGGUUUCUAAAGAACAACUAAUUUCCUGAGACAGACGAGGAUUCAUAACUGAAAUUUUUAGCAUGACGCCCUUCAAAUGUAGUCAUGCGGGAACUUCAUCUAAUGCUUUCCCCAAUCAUUAUAGUUUUAUGAUUGGUGCUAGGAUGAGCUUCUAGUACUCCUAGGUCUACAAAAUGUAUAUUUAUAAACCUUGGGUUAUUAUAAACGUAUUUUUAUUUUGGGUAAAUUUCUUUUAUGGUA